AUGCCUCGAAUAUUAGAAUUGAAUAGUGGGAGACGAUGGUACGACCGUUCUAGCUGCAAAUCACAGGAUGCUUCAUGGAGUUUCGGUCACAAACGGAUUUUUCUGCUUGAACAACCACCAUUGAGUAUGAGCAACCGGUCGGAAUCAAUCGACAACAAACUGGAAUCAAUAUGCAGCAAAAUCCAGAAUCAGAAACGGUCACCAGUCUGUGGUGGAUCAACAAUCAUUGUUGCUGUCUGUGUCAUCGCCGCCAUUGUUUCCAUCAUUCAGAUCUGGUUCAAUGUUUUGCAAAAAGAAAAAAAGUGGAGGAGUACAGUGGAGACGAUGGUUGCAUUUUGGAAGUGCUUACUUGGCAGGGAAUCUUUCAACGCAAAGGGUUCGUAUUCUGUUCGUUGUUUCAUCAAAUUUCUUCAUUGGUUACCCAGAAUUCGCACAUUUACAGAUCUCUUUCACCUCCUAGCUGAACCUUGCCUUUGA